AUGUCGGGAAUCUUAUUUGAAGAUAUGUUCAUCGUCGAGUCUACCGACUCCGGUAGAUACAACAAAGUGUCUAGAAUAACAGGCCAUUCCUCCACCUCCUCAGACAUCAAAAUCUCCCUUGAUAUCAAUGCCGAACUCUUCCCUGUCAAGGCCAACGAUUCCUUGACCAUCACCUUGGCUGGAUCCUUGGGUAAUGAAGCAUCAAUGUUGACUUCCAACGGUUCUUGGAGACCACCAAAACAGGGCGACUCGUCCUUGGCUGACGACUUUGACUACGUCAUGUAUGGAACCGUGUACAAAUUCGAAGAAAACGAAGGUGACGACAAAAUGUCGGUGUAUAUCUCCUUUGGUGGUUUAUUGAUGCGUUUGGAAGGUGGCUACCGUUCCUUGUCCAACUUGAAGCAAGAAAACGCUUACAUCUUGAUCCGUCAUUACAAGGACAACUAAGUGGGUCGUUCAAGCCUGCGUGGAGAGUUGACCUGGACUAAUUUUCUAUACUAGGGUAAAAGCUCACCUAAUCUGGGGUCGUGGAGUGUCUAUUGGAAUAUUGUUUUCUUUUAUGUUAAUUUAACUGCCAGGCACAUCGGCUUCAGACGGGAGCGUUAUCUCUGUUUUUCCCUGUCAGCAGUUACCUUUUGACUUCUUCAUACUAGUCCAGGACAUACUUUGUGUACUAUAUUUUCAAUAAAAAUUAGAGUG